CAAGCACGAGUCGUGUCUAUUUUCAUUCUCCUUUUAUUUUAUUUUAUUUUAUUUUUUUCUCUUCUUCUUCUUUAUGCCAAUUCUAUGAUUUUUUCUUUCAAAGUCAUCACUGCCUAUAUUUUAGGUGGUUUUACCUUGUUCCCAGCCAUUUUCAUUCUAUGCUACAUUGUUUAUCUGUUGAACCACCGAAUUAUUUCGCCUUUAUGCCGGCUAUUACAGACUCAAAAUCAUAGUUUACCUGAAGAAGAACUAUUUUUGCUUGAAACAGAAGAGACACCCACCAACAACAGUGCAUUGCUCUAUAAGGUUGGAUGGCUUAAAGUAUCCCAAGACGAAGAAAAAUCGUUGCCUGAUGCUUCUAUCGGAAACAUGGUCAAGAAUUACAUUUCUGGUAAAGCCGGCAGGAAAGAAAAUGCCAAUGUGUUUUUUGCAGUCCUUAAAUACAACACACUCUAUCUAUAUGACUCUGAAAAGCAACUGGAUUGUAGGGGAGUCAUUCAUAUGACACAUUAUGCAGUCUAUACACAUCCUCCAGGUUUACAAGAUUACGAACUAUUUUCUAAACCCAAUCUUAUCAAGUUAGAAGCAACCAUGGAUGAAAAAUCCUCCAGUUAUUAUAUCAAUUGCCAUAAAUGCAUUGAUAAAGAGGACUGGUAUUUCGCCUUGAUUCGUGCAUCUCGCUCUACAUUGCCUGCAGGAGAACAUAUCAAACAAGACAAAACACACUUUGACCAGUCAGCCAUGAAUCAUCUGAUAACCAUGGUUCAUAGUGACGAACAUCAUUUUCAGACCCAAUGGUUGAAUGCCAUUCUAGGCCGUAUCUUUUUCGGAGUUUAUCGUACGCAGGAGAUCAAUGAUGCAUUGUAUAAAAAAGUGAUUACCAAACUCGACAAAAUCAAUGCCAAACGACCUCCCUUUUUAGGUGAGAUCACAGUACGAUCAGUCGAUCCAGGACAUGCCUUGCCCCGUUUCACCCAACCUAAAUUACUCGGACUCAGCCCAACAGGUGAAUUAUCGGCUGAAGCACAUCUACAGUACGAUGGUGGAUUUCGCAUAGAGAUUGAAACAGUCCUCAAAUGGAAAUACUCGGACCGUCUGAAGCCCUUGACAAUCGACCUUGUGCUGGGCAUCACAUUGAAAGAAAUCCAAGGCAAGAUUUUGAUCAAAAUCAAGGAGCCACCGACCAACCGAUUCUGGUAUGCUUUUUAUGAAUGCCCUAAAAUGGAAUGGAAAGUGGAGCCUGUCGUAUGGGAAAAACGAGUGGGUUAUUCAGUCGUGGUCAAGGCCAUCGAGACAAAGAUUCAAGAAUUUAUCAUGGAAACCAUGGUCCUGCCUAAUUUUGAUGAUAUCACAUUUUUCCCAACAAACGGGGUAGGCGGCAUUUUCGAAAUACCACCUUCUUUAGCCUCGACUGUGAUGGAUGCCUUUCAGCUUACAAAUGACCCUGUGGUGCCUGUUGAACUUGUGCUGGACAAAGAGUCGAUUGAAGAAUUUGAGCCCAAACAAGACAAGAAGGCCAAAGCAAAACGAUUUCAAGAAGACGAGGCUUUAUUGACAACUGCGAAAUCCUUGCCCGAGUUAUUUUCGGCUGUUCCAAGACAGCAGGAAGAACUCUAUCAACAACUAAAAACAUCGCCCAUUUUGAUACCAGCCAAUGAUGCCAAAACGAAGGAUUUAUUGCCCGCUUCUUUAUCCACCUCGCCUGAUUCCCUUUUGAGUUCUUCUCCUUCUUCUGUCACUAUCGAAGACUCACUUAGGACAAUAUCGCAUGUAUUGACAGAUGAAUCAGCAAGCGUGAUUAUGCCCUCUGCUUCUCAUUCACUCACCACAUGUGAUUCUAUCAAAAUCACAGGGGAAUCUAUUGUAGAUCAGGGCAACAAUAAGACCCGCCUUAGAAAAUCUUCCUCCUUGGCUCUUUUGAAACCAAAAACAGGGGCUUCCACUGCAGUCAAUGUAUCGCCUGCCAUGGCUCAUAAAACGCAACAGCAAUCUGAAAAGAAAUUAGAUGCUGUGUCUGUUAUAUAAAUAUUUUGCAUUUCAUUUGUAUUAUAGCAUAUAUAAAAUAAACAAUAUAAUCAUC